CGCAAGAAACGGUACUCACGCCGCGAACCUACUACGACCACCGGACCACGAAGGACAUCCGUAGCUUGGAGCACACCGCGCCUUAUCGCGCCUGCGCAGGAUCCGAUCGGACAUCAUCGACCCCACCACUGGGCGUCCUGAAAGAGAAGCAGAGGGUCAGAUAUACGCCAUCAUGGCGCGAGUCUACGCAGAUGUCAACCAGCAGAUGCCCCGCGCAUACUGGGACUACGACAGCGUGAACAUCAGUUGGGGAGUGCUGGAGAACUACGAGGUAGUGCGCAAGAUUGGUCGCGGGAAAUACUCAGAGGUGUUCGAGGGCGUCAAUGUGGUCAACUACCAGAAGUGCGUCAUCAAAGUUCUCAAGCCGGUCAAGAAGAAGAAGAUCAAGCGUGAGAUCAAGAUCUUGCAGAAUCUGUCCGGCGGACCCAAUGUCAUCGCGCUGUUGGAUGUGGUGCGAGAUAGUCAGUCAAAAACACCGAGUCUGAUCUUCGAGCAUGUUAACAACACCGACUUCCGGACGCUUUAUCCCAAGUUUCAGGAUCUGGAUGUCAGAUAUUACAUCUUCGAGCUGCUGAAAGCGCUGGACUUUUGCCAUAGCAAGGGCAUCAUGCACCGGGAUGUGAAGCCGCACAACGUUAUGAUCGAUCACGAGAACCGGAAGCUGAGGUUGAUUGAUUGGGGCCUGGCCGAGUUUUACCACGCAGGCACGGAGUACAAUGUACGCGUGGCCAGCCGAUAUUUCAAGGGUCCGGAAUUGCUUGUGGACUUCCAGGAAUACGACUACAGUCUGGACAUGUGGUCUCUGGGCGCCAUGUUUGCAAGUAUGAUCUUUCGCAAGGAGCCUUUCUUCCACGGCAACAGCAAUAGCGAUCAGCUGGUCAAGAUCGCAAAGGUUCUGGGCACGGAAGACCUCUUCGACUAUCUCGACAAGUACGACAUCGAGCUUGAUGCACAAUACGACGAUAUCCUUGGACGCUUCCCGAAGAAGAGCUGGCAUGCUUUUGUCAACCCGGACAACCAGCGCUUCGUCAGUGUGGAUGCAAUCGACUUCCUUGACAAGCUAUUACGAUACGACCAUCAAGAACGGCUCACUGCCAAAGAAGCCAUGGCACAUCAAUAUUUCGCACCGAUUCGGCAAGCAGAAGAAGUUCAAAAUUCAAACAGCGUUCAUCAAUGA